AACAAACUUAUUUUCUCCCAAAUGGUUUCUGAAUCGCGGCUCGAUUCUUCUGCAGGACCAGUUGUUUGGAUUUACGCUCUGUGUAAAUUUUUUUGAGGUGUAAAUAUUUGUUGUGAUAUGUAUGGUGCGCGCAUGUGUGUAGCUGUUUUGGUGUGUCUUAGGUGAUAAUCAUAUUGGAAUUGUACAAAAUCGUGGUGCUACCCUGUUAAACUUGAGUGGAUUUUUAUUUUAAAAGUGUGCAGCGUUUAAUAUGUAAGGUGUUUCGUAAAACUGCUUUACCAUGGAUAUUUCUUGGUAUUCCUAUAACAUGGCUAGUCCAGGCUUAAGUGUGCAUAUUGUGAUGUAAAAUAAAAUGCACUUUCUAGGAUUGCGCGUAAUUUAUUUUUAGUUGAUAGGAAAGCAAGCUUCAAAAUGGAGGAUUAUCAGGAGGGAGAUUUGGUAUGGUUCGAUCCUGGCAUAGGGUACCUUUUGCCCGGAGAAGUGGCGGAUUUCUCCAAACCUGCUCAAGUCAUCACUGUACAAGCCCUCAUCAGUGGAAAACCACAAAAUUUCACUCUUCACAAUCUAGAAAGUGUGCGAAAGCGACAAGAUUUAGGUGCAAAUGGAUUCGAAGACAUGAUCGAGCUUAUUGACCUCAACGAGGCAUCUCUACUAUGGAAUCUUAAAAUUCGCUAUGACAAAGAAAUGAUAUAUACAUAUACGGGUAGUAUUCUAGUUGCAGUCAAUCCCUACAAGAUGUUCGAUAUUUAUGGAUUAGAAAUGGUGAAAAAAUAUGAAGGACAAAUUUUGGGCACCCUACCUCCGCAUUUAUUUGCAAUUGGGAGCUCAGCAUAUGGCAAAAUGAGCAAAGAUAACGAAAAUCAAGUUGUUGUUAUCAGCGGCGAAAGCGGGGCGGGGAAGACAGAAAGUACGAAGCUGAUAAUGCAGUAUCUUGCAGCCGUGAACAAGUCGCCAAGUAACUUAAUUACAGAACAAAUUUUGGAAGCCAAUCCAUUGUUGGAGUCAUUUGGAAAUGCCAAAACAGUCAGAAACGAUAAUUCCAGUAGAUUUGGAAAAUAUAUGGAAGUGCAUUUUAAAGAUGGUGUAAUAACGGGAGCAAGGAGUACAGAGUACCUACUAGAAAAGUCUCGAAUAGUUACUCAGGCUUCUGAUGAAAGAAAUUAUCACGUUUUUUACGAAAUGCUAAGUGGGUUAUCGGAUUCAGAGAAAGAAAAAUAUGGUUUGCAAAGUGCCGAUAACUACUUCUACCUCAAUCAGGGUGGAUGUUUUAAGAUCAAGCCAAAAGACGAUGCCGAGGAUUUCCGAGCUCUAUUAGCAGCUAUGCAGGUCUUAAGCUUCACAUCCGAAGAACAAGAUACCAUAUUCCGCAUUCUUGCAUCUGUACUUCAUUUAGGAAACAUUUAUUUCCACAGAAAACAAUUGAAACAUGGUCAAGAAGGAGUUGAGAUAGGCAGUGAUGCAGAAAUUAGAUGGGCAUCCCACUUACUUCAGCUAUCUUUAGAUGGAAUUUUGCGAGCGAUGACAACAAAAACAACGGAAGCCAGAAAUGAACGAGUCGUCACUCCUUUGAAUAUUGAUCAGGCAUUAGAUGCUAGAGAUGCUAUAGCUAAAGCUCUAUACUCCAGUCUGUUCUCUUGGCUAGUACAAAGAGUCAACAAUAUUGUGUUCAAAGGGCCUAGAAAGACCUCUAUAGCGAUUCUUGAUAUAUUUGGGUUUGAGGACUUCAAAGAAAACAGUUUCGAGCAACUUUGUAUAAAUUAUGCCAACGAAACAUUGCAGUACUAUUUCAAUAAACACGUGUUCAAGUUGGAGCAACAAGAGUAUGCCAAAGAAAGAAUAGAAUGGCAACCUAUAAACUAUCAAGACAACCAACCUGUGCUCAAUCUUAUAGCCAAGAAACCAGUUGGCAUUCUUCCACUUUUAGACGAUGAAAGCAACUUUCCUAAGGCAACUGAUCUGUCUUUCUUAGAGAAGUGCCAUUAUAACCAUGCUCUCAAUGAGUUGUACAGUCGUCCUAGAAUGUCUUCCAUGGAAUUCGGUGUGAAACACUAUGCUGGUCAAGUGUGGUAUUCAGUAGAUGGCUUUCUGGACAAAAAUAGAGACACGCUCAGGAAUGUUGUUGUGGAAUUGCUAAUCAGUAGUAAACUUCCUAUGAUAUCCAAGAUGUUUCAGGAGUUGCGAGAUACUGCAGAAGCUGCUAAGACUAUCAGCAAAAGCAAUGGCCGCUUUGUUACCAUGAAGCCGAGAACGCCAACUGUGGGUGCAAGAUUUCACGAUUCUUUGCAAUCUCUUGUUGACACUAUGGCUAAGUGUCAUCCUUGGUUUGUACGUUGCAUUAAACCAAACAACGAGAAAGCACCUAUGAAAUUUGACAUGCUCAUAGUCCUGGAGCAGCUGCGGUACUCCGGUAUGUUAGAAACAAUAAGCAUCAGGAAAACUGGAUACCCAAUUCGAAUGAAGUUCCAACAGUUUGCUGAAAGGUAUCGAUGCAUAGUACCAGGUAGAUUACCCCGUGGUUCACCAUCCAGAGAUGUAUGUCGAGUCAUUCUUGACAAAAUACCAGGAUCCAAGGACCAGUACCAACUAGGAA